UUUCUUUGAUCGCGCGCCGUUCUUCGUUAUCUCGCCCCCGCUCAUUGCUUCCCCGCUCCGGUCUUGGAGAACCCUUCGGGCACGACUCUCUCAAAGCACUCAAUCGCCUUCAAGCGAUUUACCCCCUUCUUACAAUUUAUCUUUGGAUAUCAAAGGAUAUAAGACUAUAGCAGUCUGCAAGUUUUCAAAAUGAGCAGCCCAAAGCGAAGAAUCGAGACCGAUGUUAUGAAGAUGUUGAUGAGUGACUACGAGGUGACUUUGGUUAAUGACAACAAAUUUUACGUGCGCUUCAAGGGCCCCGAAGAGACACCGUUCGCUGGCGGUCACUGGAAGAUUCACGUCGAGUUGCCCGAUCAAUAUCCCUACAAGAGUCCUAGCAUCGGUUUCGUGAACCGGAUUUUCCACCCGAAUAUCGAUGAAUUAUCUGGCUCAGUAUGUCUUGAUGUCAUCAACCAAACUUGGUCGCCAAUGUACGAUAUGAUCAAUAUUUUCGAGGUUUUCCUCCCUCAACUCCUGCGGUACCCGAACCCUUCAGACCCUCUCAAUGGCGAGGCUGCUGCGAUGUUAAUGAGGGAACCCAAGAGCUACGAGGUUAAAGUAAAAGAGUACGUGGCCAAGUAUGCUAGCAAAGAGGCAGUUGAUGAAGCCGGAGAGGAUACAGAGUCCGAAGAUGAGUUGAGCUCGGCUGGAAGUUACGAAUCUGGUGGCGAGGAGCCGGCCGGUACGAUGGAUGACGUGUAGAUCAGUCGUCGGAAUCUUGGUCGGUUGGUCGAACCCGGUGCGCAUUCUGUUGCAUUAUGCCAUCUAUUUCCUAUAUUCACCUGUUAUUCUAUCGGAACAAGGCUGGCGGGCGUUACUGGCGGAGUUACUACUGAUUUUCAAGACGCUACUGAGGUUUGCAGCUCCCGAGCCAAGGUCCAGGUCACGAUUUGCUGAUUAGCAAU